GCUAGUACGAAGAAUAUUUUACCAUUUCCCAGUUGCUUUCGUGUGGUUCAUGUCAAAAUAUCAAAGUGUUCUCGUUUUAAUCCUUUGGUGUAACCUAUAACAGUUUUAUCUUGCAAUGGCUGCUAAAUUUGAUCUCAUCUUAUUAGAUUUUAGUGUUAUGAUGCAUUAGGCACCACAUUAAGUAAUGUCCACUGUGCUUACGCCAAUUAUCGGAGAUUGGGAACUGCAAGAAAAACCAAGUAAUAGAAUUAAUAAAAAUUUAGCUACUAUAAGGCAUAAAACAGGGCAUGGAAUAAGAUAUAAAGAAAAUAGUUUUAAACAUAAAUGCAAUAAAGCACUUAAAAAUAAGUUAAAAAAAUAUAAACUCAGAAGAGAUGGCAAAGAAGAUCCAGAUGUUAUAAAUGUGUCCCACAUAUUUCAGACCGCUUUAAAAAUAAAAUCUCCAAGUAUCAAUAAUAAUGAAGAACUAAAUAUUUAUGAUAUAGAGAGACCAAAGAAUUAUCUGUCCAAAAUGGUGAGAAGAAAGAAAGACGUUGAAAAUGUCAAGUCCAUUAAAACAUUGUUUAAGGAGGUUCCGGAAAAAAAUGAACCUAUACACAUUCCAGAUGUAUGUACAGAAAUUACUGAAAAAGAAAAACAGUCUCCUAACAGUCAAGAUAAAAAGCAUACCAAUGCUUUCAAAUUGAUGAUGGAAUCCAGAAAUAAAAGUAUUGGAGGCAAUUCACCUGGUAAAGAAAAACCGACCGAUGAAGCUGAACUACAAUUAAAAACAGAAGAGAAAAACACUAAAGCUAAGAGGCUUUUAGUUUUACAAAAAAUGGCAGAACAAAAAGGAUCUCUUAAGAAAAAGGAAACAGAGGAACUACUGGAAGAAGCUAUCAAAAGAAAAAUGGAUAAAAGAGCAGAAAGAUUGACUAAUAUGAUAGUUAAUAAUGGCAGUAAGAAAGUGAAACCCAAAAAAGAACAUUCAAAAUUAGCAACAAAGGUAGCAGACAUUAAAUUGCCUACAAUUAAUAAUGUAACAGCACUUCCUGAAACACUACCAAUAACCAAAAAAAGCAAUGGUGCACUCCAUUUAAUUAAUAUAUUCGAUGAACCAACCAGCAAGUCAAAUAUUACAAACGGCUUAAAAGAAAAAUUUGUACCCAAAGAAGAUUUAGAAUUUAUCAAAAAGCUAUCUCCUUCAAUUAGAAAGAAGGAAAAUAUGCUUUGUUAUUUUAAAAAGAUUGAUAAGGAUAGCGAUUCCUCACCACCUGUUACCACUGAUAACAAUGAAAUGAGUCCUAUAAUAAAAGUCAAGUUUGGAGCCAGAAACAAGAAGAAACUAAAAAAGAAGAAAUUAAGUUUAAAUGAUAAAAAAUCUCUCGACUUAGAAGAUAAGAAUACAUGUGAAGAAAUCAGAGAUGUAGGCUCAUCUUACACUCCCACUAAAAAUAAUAAUGAGUCCAUUGUAACUGAUAUAUCUGCAGCUGCAGAUAAUAAAAACGAGUCUGUCGUAAACAAUACUCCUGCAGAAACUAAAAAUGAGUCGAGAAAACGAAAGCGCGAGCAACUCUCUAAAGAAGAAAACACUCAGAUUGUUAAAAACACUGAAUGUCUGAACGAAUCUUUAGAAGCAAAUGAAAUUAGAAAUGAAAGGCCAAAGCGAAAUGUUAAAAAGCCUAUACAAUAUAAAGACGAUUUUCUCUUAUCUAGCUCAGAUGAAGAGUAUAAUAUAUUUACUCCAAAAAAGAAAAAACAAAGUGAUACUCCAAAAUUGAUCAAAGAACUUAAAUCCAAGACAAGUGAUGGAACAAUACAAAUGAAGCCAAACAAAAAAGAUAUUAAGAAAUCUACAAAAAAGAAUGAUGCUAAUAAAAAUACCAAUGUUAAGUUGGCUCCCAUAUUUGCACCUAAACCACAGUUAGACCCGGCAGCAUUAGAAGCAAAACAGAGAUUUCUUCAGAGUGGGGUGCCAGAAAAAUUAAAGAAAAUUGCAAAACAACUCAAACAAGUUGAGACAGAAGGUAAUUGUUUUUCCAUAGUUGUCCAUGUACAGCAAAUGGAAGACUCUAUGGAUGAUAUAUCUAGCAGCCCAAUCAUUAAUCCAUUCAGAUGCGAGUCACCUGAUGUGAGCCCCGUGAAGUGCAGUGAUAAAUUAUUCAAGGCUAUACUAAGCCCUGAAAAACCUGCAAAUAAUUCACAUGUUGCACAACCAGAUAGCAGCAUAAGGAAAGUUUUGCAAAAUAUUAAACUAUCAUAUCCUAAAUUUCCAGUUUACCGUACAUACCAACUAUUGAAAGAAAAAAGCAAAGGAGAGUUUGGAGACUGCAACAACUUUCCUGAAUUCGAAAACAGCAUAGAAAUAAUGAAUAAUACAGUAGAUAUUAAUAAAGUCCAAGUGGAUAAAUUGAAUUGGACAGACAAAUAUAAGCCUAUGGUUACUAGUCAAAUCAUUGGAAACUUUGAAACCACAAAAGAAUUAAAAAAAUGGUUAGAAUCUUGGUCUGCAAAUGACGAUAAGCGAAAAACUAAUGGUGCUGACUCUGACUCGUCUGAUUUCUACCAUUCGGAUACAGAUAGCAGAGAUAGUGUAAAGAUUAUUGAUAAUCUUCUCAUCUUGACUGGUCCUACUGGUUGUGGGAAAACCUCUUGUGUUUAUGCGGUAGCUGCAGAUCUAGCCAUCAAAGUCAUUGAAGUGAAUGCCAGUAGUAAGAGAAACGGAAAAAUAAUGUUACAGGAUUUACAAGAGGCUACCCAGUCCCACAAAGUCAAUAGAGGAAAAGGUACUAGCACCGAAAAUUCUCAAAAAUCCCAGGAGAUAGCUGAAGUUGAUUUAACUAUAAAAACUAAGAAACGAGGAAGGCCCAAAAAAGUUAAAGAUGUUGUAUUAACGAAACCAAAAAAUGAUACAGGCAGUCAGUCAACUAAUAGCCAAGAAACUACUAGGACUGGAAUGUCACUUAUUUUGAUUGAUGAUGCCGACAUUGUGUUUGAUCAAGAUGAUGGCUUUUGCUCUGCUAUUAGUCAAUUAGUCCAAUAUUCCAAACGGCCAGUUAUAUUAGUUACAAGUUCCUUAAUUUGUCCGCAUCUUCAAAGGUUUUUGCAGAGCGCGAAAAUUAUGACUAUGAAGCCACUUUUACCCAGAAUGCUUGGCACAUGGCUAGACAUAAUGUGCUUAGCUGAUAGUGGCACAUGUUGGCCAGGCCUAGGCUCAGUAUUGUUAGACUUAUACAAAGGGGACAUCAGGAAAACCAUAAAUUGCCUUCAAUUUUAUGCAACUACCCACACACAAGGGACUAGACAAAUAGAAGAAAAUUCGCAAAAUAUAGAGGCUUUAUGUGAUGAAUCGUCAAGUCUAUCGUGGGCUGCAUCGGAAAACCAAGAUGAACGUAACAUAGCAUGUGAAAGUAUACAGUUGGGGGACACAUUGUGGAAAUAUUUUAUGGAACGACAAUCGCAAUUGCUACACAUCAGGUUUCCUUCCGACUUGUGGCAUGUAUGGUGGAAUAUACCAAGCUUUUUAAUGACUUCUCAAAAUGGGACACAGGAAAAAAAUAAACAUAGUCAAACCCGUGAACUAGAAGAAGUAGCUAAUAUUUUUGACAACAUAUCUGCAGCAGAUUGUUUUGGACGUCUAAGACCAGAUACAAAGAUGAAUAUUUGUUCACAACCGUGGUACUCUACUGAAUGUGAUAGUUCUUCAGAAUUCGAAAACUUUAACUAUUACAACAAAAGCCACGAUGUUGCUGAUGAUAUAUCGAAAACGUUUGUAGUCAGAUCGAUUUGCAACACACAGAAGUGCUUACAAUACAAUGAAGAGUUGUAUGUGAGACCAACUAGUAUGGCGGUGCAAAGAGAUAGAGACAGAAUAGUCAAACGGCAUGAUAGCAUAUCAACUCAUCUAAGCCCAGGCGCCACACUGGACAGGAGAGCCCUCGCGUUAGACUACUGGUCGUCCUGCCGGGCGAUAUGCAGGUUUGAAAAAGAGAAAACUGACACUAACUCUAAAAGAAACAAUCGGUUUUGUCACUAUCUCAGAUCUCUUAAAAUAAUGUGCAAGAAUGACGUGUUCGAUAAACUCGGCAAAAGUUUACAUAUCAAAGGGAGCGAUUCCAACUAGACUAAUAGGUACGCUAACUGUAAAGCGUAUUUUAAGAUGGAUG